CUGGCGGCCAGAAGCUUGCGGCGAGGGCAACCGGGCAAAGCGCCGGCCCGCCGGUCCCCAGUUUGAUUCCCGGGCGCGCUUUCCUCCUCGUGGCCGAUCGCGCGUCGAUCAAUCAGGUUCUAUAUAUUCUUAGGCCGACAGAACCAACCGGCCAUGGCAGCGGCGGCGGCGGCGCCGUCGACGUCCUCCUGCUGCCACGACCUGUCGUCCGUGGCGCACCGCCGGCGCCUCGCGGACGUCGAGCGGGACGACGACCUCGACGUCGCCGGCGGCGGGAGGCACCGCGGGGUCAGGGCGCUGUUCUCGGCCAGGAGGAGCUACAGCAGCAAGAGGGCGUCGUCGGUGGUCGACCAGGCGUGGGUGCGCAACGUGGUGGCGUCCCUGCUCGGCCUCGCCGUCGUCGUCGGGCUCGUGAGCUCGCACCGCGCCGGCGGCGGCAGCGGCGGGAGGCUCCUGCGGAGGGUGGACGUCCGCGACGAGCAGGACGCGCUGGGAUGGAGGGAGGAGAAUCUCACGGCCCUCGCUCGCCGCUCGUCUCCCGACUCGCCGUUACGACACAACUAUAUGCCCCAGAUAUGGAUGAUGCCGGACAGUGAGGGUCACAGCAAAUGCAUCGACCGCCCGAAAAACCACUACAGAACAAGCAAUGCAACAGCUGGCUAUAUAAUGGUUGAUGCCAAUGGUGGAUUGAACCAGAUGAGAAUGGGAAUAAGUGAUAUGGUUGCAGUUGCUAAGCUCAUGAAUGCAAUACUAGUAAUCCCUACACUGGAUCACCGAUCAUUCUGGACUGAUCCAAGUGAUUUCAAAGAUAUAUUUGAUGUGGAGCACUUCAAGAAAACUUUAGAGGAUGAUAUCUUGAUUGUGGAUUCCUUACCGCCAGCUUACAAAAAAUUGAAACCCUAUAGUAGGGCGCCAUCUUCCUGGUCCAGGGCUUCCUACUACAGGGCUUUCGCACGAACACUAAAGAAGGCCAAAGUUGUUAAAUUUACACAUACAGAUUCACGAAUCGUCAACAAUGGUCUCGCUCCUCAUAUCCAACGACUCCGUUGCCGGACAAAUUACGAGGCACUCAAAUACAAGAAAGAGAUCGAAGAUCUAGGUAAUACUCUAGUUGAUAGACUGAGGAAUGGGUCCAACCAUUAUAUCGCACUUCACUUAAGAUAUGAGAAGGACAUGCUCUCAUUUACUGGCUGUAGCCAUAAUCUAACACACCAGGAGGCAGAGGAGCUAAGAGAAAUGAGACUAAACGUGCGGCACUGGAAAGAAAAGGAAAUUAAUAGCAAGGAGAGGCGACUUCAAGGAGGCUGCCCUAUGACUCCUCGUGAAGCAGCACUUUUUCUCAAAGCUAUGGGUUAUCCUUCCAGAACCAAUAUCUACAUUGUAGCAGGUGAAAUAUAUGGUGGACAUAGUAUGGAUGAAUUGAAGGCUGAAUAUCCAAAUAUCUACACACAUUAUAGUCUGGCAACAGCAGAUGAAUUAGAGCCCCUCAAGCUGUACCAAAACAGGUUAGCUGCAGUGGAUUAUAAUGUAGCCCUUCAGAGUGAUGUUUUUGUAUAUACAUAUGAUGGAAAUAUGGCUAAAGCAGUACAAGGUCACAGAAAAUUUGAAGGAUUCCGGACAACCCUUAACCCGGACAGACAGAAGCUUGUGGAGCUCAUUGACAAGCUUGACGAAGGUACAAUAACUUGGAACGACUUCCAAAGCAAAGUGAAGAUGCAUCAUGAAAACAGACUUGGAGGUCCAUAUCAGAGGUUGUCUGGUCAAAGUCCAAGGCAGGAGGAGUAUUUUUAUGCAAAUCCCCUCCCGGGGUGCUUGUGCAAAAGAACAAAAAUAAUUAAGUGACAUGGAUGUACUAUUAAGAGUUCAAUACUUCAAAGAUAACUGCCUUCUUAACUGCAUGUGACAGUGAAAUAGAUAGACAUCUCUUAGAAUGAUUGAGAUACACUAAAUAGUGUAAGUCCUAGUAAACUAACACCAACAUACCACAGAUUAUUUUCCUAGUCUGACAAUGUAUGUAAUACUCAUUCUUACAUAUGGAAGUGGGAUAGGGAGGUUCACUCAUUGUCGUCCAAGAUGUGCAUUUACAAUGAAUUGUUUAUUCAAGUAUAGAGACCCAUGGGAAAGUCACAGAGAUUUCAAGCAGUAUUAGAGGACAAAUGUACAAUAGAGGAUAUGAUUAGCAAGACAGAAAACUUCUGAUACAUGUUUGUACUUCGUUUAUACUAUGAAUGUAUAGGCUUUCCGCUUUGGAAAUUUUGAUUCGUUCAAGAAGUCCAACUUUACUGUGGA